GGUUUUUACGGACUCCCGCCUCCAGGCUAGUUUCUGUGAUCAUACUCUACUCCAACGGAGGGUGGCGUUGUGUCUCUUGUUUUCCCAGACGACACUGAAAACUGCACUGGCUGACUAUCAGAAGGAUCUUUGUGCUGAAACUAAAAACCUCAUCUAAACCUGUCUCAUGCACUAAAACAGCACAUUAAUGAGAGGCCAGUAGAGGACCGUGUGAACACAGCGACGUUUGCGAGAAUGGAGUUCCCACAGCAGCAGAGGCCGGCGGAUGGAAAAAUCACCUACCCGCCGGGGGUUAAAGAGAUUACUGACAAGAUUAGUAAUGAUGAGGUGGUCAAACGGUUAAAGAUGGUGGUGAAGACCUUCAUGGACAUGGACCAGGACUCGGAGGAGGAGAAGCAGCAGUACCUGGCCCUGGCGCUGCACCUGGCCUCCGAGUUCUUCCUGCGCAACCCCAACAAGGACGUGCGCCUGCUGGUGGCCUGCUGCCUGGCCGACAUCUUCCGCAUCUACGCCCCCGAGGCGCCCUACACCUCCCACGACAAGCUGAAGGACAUCUUCUUAUUCAUCACCAGGCAGCUGAAGGGCCUGGAGGACACAAAGAGCCCUCAGUUUAACAGAUACUUCUACCUGCUGGAGAACUUGGCCUGGGUCAAGUCCUACAACAUCUGCUUUGAGCUGGAGGACUGCAACGAGAUCUUCAUCCAGCUCUUCAAGACGCUCUUCUCUGUCAUCAAUAAUAGCCACAACCAGAAGGUUCAGAUGCACAUGCUGGACCUCAUGAGCUCCAUCAUCACCGAGGGCGACGGAGUGACACAGGAGCUGCUGGACUCCAUCAUGAUCAACCUCAUACCCGCCCACAAGAAUUUGAAUAAGCAUGCGUACGAUCUCGCUAAGAUUCUUCUGAAGAGAACCGUGCAAACCAUUGAGACGUGCAUCGCCAACUUUUUUAACCAGGUGCUGGUUUUGGGCCGCUCGUCCGUGAGCGACCUGUCGGAGCACGUCUUCGACCUGAUCCAGGAGCUGUUCGCCACCGACCCGCUGCUCCUGCUGUCCGUCAUGCCCCAGCUGGAGUUCAAGCUCAAGAGCAAUGACGGUGAGGAGCGUCUGGCGGUGGUGCGGCUGCUGGCCAAGCUGUUUGGGGCAAAGGACUCUGAGCUGGCCACUCACAACCGGCCGCUCUGGCAGUGCUUCCUGGGAAGGUUCAAUGAUAUCCACGUGCCCGUGAGACUGGAGUGUGUGAAGUUUGCCAGCCACUGCCUGAUGAACCACCCCGACCUGGCCAAAGAUCUCACAGAGUUUCUCAAAGUGCGGUCACAUGACCCAGAGGAGGCCAUUCGCCACGAUGUCAUCGUCACCAUCAUCAACGCCGGGAAGAAGGACUUGAAUCUGGUGAACGACCAGCUGCUGGGCUUCGUCAGGGAGCGGACGCUGGACAAGAGGUGGCGGGUCCGGAAGGAGGCCAUGAUGGGCCUGGCCCAGCUCUUCAAGAAGUACUGCCUGCACCACGAGGCCGGCAAGGAGUCGGCCCAGAAGAUCAGCUGGAUCAAAGACAAGCUGCUGCACAUCUACUACCAGAACAGCAUCGACGACAAGCUGCUGGUGGAGAAGAUCUUUGCACAGUACAUGGUCCCUCACAGCCUGGACACGGAGGAGAAGAUGAAGUGUCUGUACUACCUGUACGCCUGCCUGGACCCCAACGCCAUCAAAGCGCUGAACGAGAUGUGGAAGUGUCAGAACAUGCUGAGGAGUCUGGUUCGAGAGCUGCUGGACCUGCACAAACUGCCCGUGUCAGAAGCCAACAGCUCUGCCAUGCUAGGAAAGCUGAUGACCAUCGCCAAGAACCUUCCGGACCAGGGCAAGGCCCAGGACUUCAUGAAGAAGUUUAACCAGGUGCUGGGGGAGGACGAGAAGCUCCGGGCCCAGCUGGAGCAGCUCAUCAGCCCCACCUGCUCCUGCAAGCAGGCCGAGCUCUGCGUGAGGGAGAUCACCCGCAAGCUGACCUUCCCCAAGCAGCCCACCAACCCCUUCCUGGAGAUGGUCAAGUUCCUGCUGGAGCGCAUCGCCCCGGUGCACAUCGACUCCGAGGCCAUCAGUGCUCUGGUGAAACUGCUAAACAAAUCGAUAGAGGGCACAGCGGAUGAUGAGGACGAAGGCGUGACUCGCGACAACGCCAUUCGCUACGGCCUGGAGCUGCUCAAGGUGCUGUCGUUCACCCACCCCACCUCCUUCCACUCGGCUGAGACGUACGAGUCCCUGCUGCAGUGCCUGAAGAUGGAGGACGACAAGGUGGCCGAGGCGGCCAUCCAGAUCUUCAGGAACACCGGCCACAAGAUCGAGACGGAGCUGCCACAAAUCCGAUCGACCCUGAUCCCCAUCCUGCACCAGAAAGCGAAGAGGGGCACCCCGCACCAGGCCAAGCAGGCCGUCCACUGCAUCCACGCCAUCUUCCACAACAAGGAGGUCCAGCUGGCGCAGAUCUUUGAGCCCCUGUCCCGCAGCCUGAACGCGGACGUCCCGGAGCAGCUCAUCACCCCGCUGGUCUCCCUGGGGCACAUCUCCAUGCUGGCGCCCGACCAGUUUGCCUCGCCCAUGAAGGCCAUCGUGGCCAACUUCAUCGUCAAGGACCUGCUAAUGAACGACCGGUGUGUAGGCAAUAAGAACGGGAAGCUGUGGACCUCUGAUGACGAGGUGUCUCCGGAGGUGCUGGCCAAGGUCCAGGCCAUUAAGCUGCUGGUGCGCUGGCUGCUGGGGAUGAAGAACAACCAGUCCAAGUCGGCCAACUCCACGCUGCGGCUCCUCUCCGCCAUGCUGGUGAGCGAGGGCGACCUCACCGAGCAGAAGAAGAUCAGUAAAUCGGACAUGUCCCGGCUGCGGCUGUCUGCCGGCAGCGCCAUCAUGAAGCUGGCGCAGGAGCCCUGCUACCACGACAUCAUCACGCCCGAGCAGUUCCAGCUCUGCGGCCUGGUCAUCAACGACGAGUGCUACCAGGUGCGGCAGAACUUCGCCCUGAAGCUGCACCUGGCGCUGGUGAAGCUGACGCUGCCGCUGGAGUACAUGGCCGUGUUCGCCCUGUGCGCCAAGGACCCGGUGAAGGAGCGCCGCGCCCACGCCCGCCAGUGCCUGCUCAAGAACAUCAGCGUGCGCCGCGAGUACAUCAAGCAGAACCCCACCGCGCACGAGAAGCUGGUGUCCCUCCUGCCGGAGUACGUGGUGCCCUACAUGAUCCACCUGCUGGCACACGACCCCGACUUCACCAAACCUCAGGACUCUGAGCAGCUCCGCGACAUCAAGGAGUGUGUGUGGUUCAUGCUGGAGGUGUUGAUGACGAAGAACGAGAACAACAGCCACGCCUUCCUCAGGAAGAUGGUGGAGAGCAUCAAGCAGACCAAGGACGCGCAGUCGCCCGACGACCCCAAGGCCAACGAGAAGCUGUACAUCGUGUCUGACGUCGCCCUGUUUGUGAUCGCCAACAAGAGCACGUCCUGCCACUUGGACUCCCCCAAAGACCCCGUGCUGCCCGCUAAUUUCUUCACCCCCCAAGACAAGGACUUUGUGAAUGAUAAGGACUACCUGUCAUCGGAAGCCAGGACAGUGCUGCUGACAGGAAAGCCCAAGCCGGCGGCCGUGCUGGGUGCGGUGAACAAGCCGCUGGCGGUGGCCGGCAGGAGGCCGUAUACCAGGUCGCCCGUCUCCGGCACGGGCGGCAAUGUGAGCGUCAACUCCGAGUCCAGCUCGCCGGCGGGGAACAGAGGGAGGGACGGGGCGCUGGAGGUGUCGGAGACGGGGGCGAGCGAAAACGAAGAGAACCCCGUCAUCGUGAAAACGGAAGCGGUGAAGAAGGAGCUGAACUCGGAGGCGGGACAAGGCGCCGGCGUGAAGAAGAGGGGCGUGGCCUCGGCCGGCAGCGAGAACGACGGGGCCUCGGAGAGCUCGGCGGCGACGCCCCCCGUCCCGACCAAGGCAAGGCGAGGACGGCCCCCAAAGUCGCUGGCCGCCGGCGCGGGCGGAGUCAGCAGCGCGGAGAAGGAGGGCGGGGCGGGGGCGGGGAGGGGCAAGAAGAGGGCGGCCCCAGCUCAGGACAAUACCAGCAGCCCCACGGUGGAGCCAAUCACCAUCAAGAUACCAAAACAGCAGAAGGACACAGAGGGCAAGAGGGCGGGGCCUCAAAGACAGAUGGACCUGCAGAGGUAAAGAGGAAAUGGACGCCGAGAGCCAGACGAUGAGAGGACUGUGUGCUACUCUAACCAAACCCCGCCGCUGCAGGAACACAGCACCCCCCUCAGACUGCAGAGCGCUUCUGGUCCCCACAAGGAUCGCAUGUACACGGGACGUACACACAAUACACACACACACACACACACACAUACACACAAUCCACAAUACACACAUACACGCAUACACAAACACACACACACGUACGCGUACCUACACAUAUGCACACAGACUACACACACACUACACAUACAUACACACACACACACACACUUCCUUCAAACCCCCCUACUCAUGAUGUAAGCUGCCUUCAGCAGAGGAGAAUGGGCGCACAGGGAAGAGCAUUUGGAGUGGUUCGCCUAAAGGUUUAAAUGGAUUUUUUAAAUAUUGGCCUCAAAUGAAUUGCUUUUCACAGUUUUAAUCCGGUUUAAAGUUACUUAUUCAAUCUCAGAUUUGGUUUUCUGUCUGAAAAUGUUUAAGGGGACGUAUUAUUGUGGUUACCGUUUAUUUUUUUAUGUUAUUAUUUGCAUUUGUAAAUAGCAGUUUACAUAAUGGUAAACUGAGCAUCUGAGCCAUCAGUGAAUUUCCGAAAGAACGUGAAGCCAAAUACUAGUAUGUGUGUUGGGUACGUAUUCGGGUAUAUGUGUUUGGUACGGACAUGGGUUUGGGUCCGUGCGUUGGGUACGGUUGCGGGUACGUGUGUUGGGUCUGGGUGUGGUUGUGUGUGAGGGUACGGGUGUUGGGUACUUGUAUGGGUGUGGGUGCGUGUGUUUGAUACGUGUGUUUGGUAUGUGUGCGGUUCGUGUGCAUGGGUUGGAUACGUGUGUUUGGUAUGUGUUCAGGUGCGUGUGUUGGGUAUGUGUGUUUGGAAUGUGUGCAGGUGUUGGGAACAUGUGUUUGGUAUGUGUGCGGGUGCGUGUGUUGGGUACGUGUGUUUGGUAUGGGUGCGGGUGUUAGGUACAUGUGUUUGGUAUGUGUGCGGGUGUUGGGUACAUGUGUUUGGUAUGUGUGCGGGUGCGUGUGUUGGAUAUGUGUGUUUGGUACGUGUGCGGGUACGUGCACAGGGCUGUGUUUUAGCACACUGGGCUCUAUGGUGCAAAGCAGUUCACCCUGUCGUAGGGCAACCUUCCAGUCUCUGCCUGGUAAAAUACUGGCCUGCUCGAGCAUGUGAUCGAAUGCGCUGACUUAGCCCCCUGAUCCAUCCAGAAACCCAGCCAAACGGACCAGAAACUGUCCCACCCUCCAGACACCGGCUCACCCAGAUUGAUUGACUGCUUUUUAUAAAAAAAAUCUGUUAUCUCGGACCACCCAAAAUGUGUGUGUACUCACUCACCCCAUGGUUUUACCUGUUUAUGGAAGGGGCAGAGGGACAAAAAGCCUUUUCAGGAAACGGGGUGGAGAGAGACUCGAUUUGCAGACGUCUGUCUGUUUGCUCUUCUACAUCGGUGGCUCCUUCUCGAUCCUGUCUGAUCUGCUGUCAGUCUGCCCAGCGGGAUCCUCCCUUGUGUUCAAUGCAAUUAGCUCUUCACCUACAUUGCAAUCGACUGGGGAAAAUGGGGGGGGAGAAACUUCCUCCAGCAGGUUAUUCUUCCUUUCUAUUAAGUUUCCUUUUCAGAGGCCUUUAUUAACAUAGUGCAGAUUUUACAUUUUUGUAAUGAAGAGGAAGUGUACAAAAAGAAAUGUCUACCCCCCCCCCCCCCACCUCCUUCCCAGAGGGGGGCGGGUUAUUAAUUACCACAGUUAUCUAUUAUGCUGAAAAAAAAAAAAAAAAAGAUUUUCGAUAAAUAUUUUAAAAGGACGGAUUUUAGACUGCCACUCAUAUUUGACAGGUUUAAAAACAGUUCAGGACUGUUGGCAUUUUUAAGGAUUGGAAAAAAAUGUUUUUUAAGACAUUUGAACUUUUCUUUCCCGUUUUUGUUCAUUUUUAGUGAAAUUGCAUAUGUUGCAUCGAUUCAAGUUGUUCCUUUUUUUUUGUGUGUGUAGAUGUAUUUGGCUGUUUUACACAUGAUCAUAUUUAAUUUCGAUAUGUUUUUGUUUCCCUUUUUGCAGAAAAUAAAUGCUUUUAGACGUGAA